CGAGCUGGCUCAUUCACGAGUGAACUUGCAAUCAAGAAAACAUCCAACUGAAAGACAAACACCCAUCCUCCCUUCGACCUCCUUCGACCUCCCUCACCACCUCCUCACCCAGAACAUCUCCCCCAACCACAGACAACAUGGCUGCGGCCAUCAAAGAAGGCAUGAACAGCAUGCUCUCCGCCCUGCACCUAGGCGGCAAAAAAGACCCCGACGAAGGCCUGCCACCUCCCCCCUCCGAGCCCGAACUGAAAGAACUCCGAGAGAAAUACGACAAAGCAGAGCAAGGGCACGUAUUCAAAUUCUACGACGAACUCACGCCCGGCCAGCAAGGCUCCCUCUACGCCCAACUGCUGCCCAUCGACCCCGCGCACGUCAACGAGAUUGCCGAAACGGCUCUGCACCCUCCGAAACAAGAAGGGGAGCAGGAGAAGCCGACGGUGGAGCAGUUGCCGGAUGAGGCGACCACGUCGACGAUUGAUAGUGAAGAGGCGGUGUUGAAGAAAUGGUAUGAUGCCGGGCUGGAGUUGAUCUCGGGCGACAAGGUGGCUGUGGUGCUCAUGGCUGGCGGACAGGGCACACGACUGGGCAGCUCGGCGCCGAAGGGGUGCUAUGACAUUGGCCUGCCGAGCCACAAAUCGCUGUUCCAGCUGCAGGCGGAGCGUAUCCUGCGGCUGCAACAUCUGGCUGGCAAGCAUUACGAGAAGGAGGAUGUGGUGAUUCCGUGGUACAUCAUGACGUCGGGGCCGACGCGGAAACCGACGGAGGACUACUUGGAGGAGAAGCGGUAUUUCGGACUCAAUCGCAACAACGUCGUCGUGUUUGAGCAAGGCGCGCUGCCGUGCAUUAGCAUGGAGGGCAAGAUCUUGCUGGAGAGCAAGGGGCGGGUGUCAGUCGCGCCGGAUGGGAAUGGCGGCAUUUACCAGGCAUUGUUCAGCAGUGGCAUUGUCACGGACAUGCAGAGGAGAGGAGUCAAGCACAUUCACGCGUACGGUGUGGACAAUUGCUUGGUUCGUGUGGCGGAUCCGACAUUCAUUGGCUUCGCGGCGGAGAAGGAAGUGGACAUUGCAACCAAAGUGGUACGCAAGCGGAAUGCGAAAGAAUCCGUCGGCUUGAUUGUUCUGAAGAACGGGAAACCCGAUGUGGUGGAGUACUCGGAAAUCGACAAGGAGACGGCCGAAGCGACGGAAGCAAAGGACCACAAGCUCCUCAAGUUCCGCGCGGCCAACAUCGUCAACCACUACUACAGCUCGCGCUUCCUCGAGUCCGUACCCGACUGGGCGCACAAGCUACCGCAUCACGUGGCGAAGAAGAAGAUCCCAUGCAUCGAUGACGAAGGGCGAGAAGUGAAGCCGGAGAAGCCGAACGGCGUGAAGCUGGAGCAGUUCAUCUUCGACUGCUUCCCGCUGCUGCCGCUGGAGAAGUUUGCGUGCAUGGAAGUCAAGCGGGAGGAUGAGUUCUCGCCGCUCAAGAAUGCGGCGGGAACGGGCGAGGAUGAUCCGGACACGUCGCGGACGGAUAUUCUAGCGCAGGGCAAGCGGUUUUUGCAGGCUGCGGGUGCUACGGUCACGAGUGAGGAGCAGGAUGAGGCCGGGGUGGAGGUGAGUCCGUUGAUUAGCUAUGCGGGUGAGGGGCUGGAGUUUCUCAGUCAGCGUACGAUCAAGGCGCCGGCGGUGAUUGAGAAGGAGGAGGAGUAGAGGAUCUGGAAGGUGUUUGGAUAGAAAUUAGAGGUGGAGUUGCACGUGAGGAGGGAAGAUGGUGGUAGACAGGACCAUGAUGGACGCAGUCUCACAACUCGACACAUGCACCUCAC